AUGACAACAGAAGCUGUAUAUGGAAGCUGGAGCAGUCCAAUCACUCCGGAUCUUUUCGGAAAAUGUAAUUGCAAAAGCAUCUGCGAAUUGCAAGUUGUUGGAGACCAUGUCUAUUGGAUCGAACAAAAUGCAGUAACUGGAAAACGAGAGCUGUACUCGAAACCGACGAAUGGAGACCAAAUAACUCGUUGGGCAGAUGGUUUCUCUGUUCAAACCGCAGUUCACGAAUACGGUGGUGGAGCACUUCACGUACUACAAGAUGGAUCUGUGCUCUUUGCCACUGUCGAAGGUGUUUUCUAUCAGAAGUCAGCCGAUUCGGGAGUAGAACAGUUGGCUGAGGCUAACAAUAGAACAUUCAGGUUCGCAGAUUUCUCAGUCACAGAUUCUCACGUGUUUUGUGUCAACGAAAAUCAUCAAGGAGAUUCCAAGUUCCCGGAAAACCGUCUAAUCUCGAUUGAUCGUUCAACCAAAAAUCAGAGCGUCGUUGCCAGCGGAGCUGACUUUUACGCCUAUCCAAGAGUGUCUCCCAAUGGAAAUAGACUUGUUUGGAUGCAAUGGAAUCAUCCGAACAUGCCGUGGGAUGAGACAUCGAUUAAGAUGGCUGACUUGAAUGGUGGAGUGACUAGUAAUGAAGUGACACUGAAAGAUGGAACAGGAAAACAAAUAAACUAUUCGGAACCAACUUGGGACGGUGAAGAACUGCUGACUGUUAACGAUAGUACCAACUGGUGGAAUGUGUACAGGUCAGCUGCUGAGCCAAAUGCUUUGGAAAAGAACUUGAAUCCGAUCCAACGUGAAAUCAGCUACCCGCUGUGGCAACUUGGAUUCAGAAAUUACGUGAUCAAUAAGAAAUAUCUGGUUAUGAAUGCAGAUGGAGUUCUGUAUGUACGCAGUGGUGAUGUCACUGUAGAAAUCCCAACACCAGGAUACACAGUGUUCGGAUAUCUCUCAAUCGAUCCAAAUGGUUCAGAAAUCUUUGCCAUAGCCUCUGGACCUAAACGGGCUUCCAGUGUCAUUUCAAUCGAUCUGAAAAACAAGGAUUUCCGAUUGAAAGUUCACCGAGAAUCGAGAAAUUCUUCAGACAUUGACUCGUUGGAAAUCUCUGAACCAGAAGAAAUUGUUUUCAAAUCAGGUGGUGUCAAUGUCUCUGGCUAUUUCUAUCCACCAAAGAAUUCUUCAUAUACUGCACCACCUGGAACAUUGCCUCCAGUUCUUCUUCUCGGUCAUAGCGGUCCAACUGCUCCAGCUCAAAAUAAUCUUGAUCUGAAAAAGCAGUUCUUUACAUCUCGUGGAAUUGCUGUCUUCGAUGUGAACUAUCGUGGAUCGACCGGGUUUGGAACCGAAUUCCGUCGAAUGUUAUAUAAGAAUAGUGGAAUCGUGGACAGAGAUGAUGUAUUGAAUGGAGCGAAAGCGUUGAUUGAACAAGGACGAGUAGAUGAAAAUAAAAUUUUGAUUACUGGAAGUUCUGCCGGAGGAUUCUUGAUUCUCAGCUGUCUCAUCUCCCCAAACAAUAUUAUUAAGGCUGCCGUGUCUUUAUACGGAGUAGCUGACCUUCUUGGUCUUGAUGAAGAUACUCACAAAUUGGAACAGAGUUACAACGAACUUCUGAUCGGAAAAUAUCCAGAGGAAGCAAGUAUUUAUGAAGAAAGAAGUCCGAUUUAUCAUAUUGAUAAAAUCCGAACUCCAAUCGCAUUUUUGCAUGGAAAAGAAGACACCGUUGUGCCAAUGAAUCAAUCUGUCACGAUGUUUGAAAAAAUCAGAGCAAGCGGAGUUACAACUGCUCUCAUGCUUUUCGAUGGAGAAGGGCAUGGAUUCCGAAACGGAGAAGUGAUCAAGGAGAGCACAGAAGCAACAUUCUACUUCCUCAUGAAAGCUGUUGGAAUUCAGCCAUCGAUCAGCUCAAAAAUUGAAAUCUUCAACAAGAAGCUUUAG